AUGACGAAAUCAAGACCUAUACAUCUCAAUGUGCUUGCCACAACCUCUUGGCCCAAAAGUGAAGAUCUAGUCAACGCCAAGGCGCAUUUUGCCACAAACGAAAUGACUCUGCGCUCUAUCGUCGAACUCGGAACAGUACCAGACACAAUUCAAGUAUCUCCGAAAAGAAAGCAUCAUACAUCGCCGAAGAACCCGGCCAAGCCAACGAAACGUCUUCGACUUAUUAGACGUAGUCCUAGACAGACGAGCACCUCGAGUGCCAAGGGGCAGGCGGCCAAUAACGAUGUCCUUGGAGAUGGUGAUAUGAAAGAAAUUCAAAACAUCGACCUAGAGCGGGAAGAUAACGCGAAAAGUUGGGGCAGGCGAAGCGACAACAAACAGGAUACCAACGAGCAAAGCUGCCGCGGUGAAGACAAUGUUGACCAGGAGAUUUGGGAGGUCAGCAGUACUGACUAG